AGUGCGAGGAGGACACUGAUUGGUUGCAGUCGCCAACGCCAGUGUUGAUGCCCACGACGCUGGUGUUGCGGACUCCGCGACCCGGCUGUGCACCCGGUGGGUCAUGGUGCUGGGUCUCGGGCCGCGGUGCGUCCAGAGCCUGUCAGCGCUGGGAGCCGCCUGCGCGCGCCGCGGUCUGGGUCAGGCCCUACUGGGAAUCUUACUGUAUCACACAGAUUUCAGGAAGAGUCUGACUGUGGAGCAAGACAUGAUGAAGGUUGAGCUACUGCCUGCCCUGACUGACAACUACAUGUACCUGGUCAUUGAUGAGGACACCCCCCAGGCCUCCUGCUUGACUUCUAGGGACCAUGCUGGAGGGAAUGAGAAGCUGGUGAAGAUGCAGCCUGGACUGAAGGUUUACGGAGGUGAUGACCGUAUUGGGGCCUUGACGCACAAAGUCACACACCUUUCCACACUGCAGGUGGGGUCUCUCACUGUCAAAUGCCUGUCAACACCCUGCCAUACUUCGGGACACAUCUGUUACUUCGUGAGCAAGCCAGGCAGCUCAGAGCCCUCUGCUGUGUUCACAGGGGACACAUUGUUUGUUGCUGGCUGUGGGAAGUUCUAUGAAGGAACUGCGGACGAGAUGUACAAGGCGCUGCUGGAAGUCUUGGGUCGGCUCCCUCCAGACACAAAAGUCUACUGUGGCCAUGAGUACACCAUAAACAACCUCAAGUUUGCACGCCAUGUGGAACCCAGCAAUGCUGCCAUCCAGGAGAAACUGGCCUGGGCCAAGGAGAAGUAUGCCAUCGGGGAGCCCACUGUGCCGUCCACCCUGGCAGAGGAGUUCACCUAUAACCCCUUCAUGAGAGUGAAGGAGAAGUCUGUGCAGCAGCAUGCUGGUGAGUCGGACCCUGUGACUACCAUGAGGGCCAUCCGCAGAGAGAAGGACCAGUUCAAGGUGCCCCGGGACUGAGGCACCCAGGGACGGGGACUUUUAAGAGACUGUCCUGCUGCCCGUGCAGGAUCUAGUCUGCUUUUAUUGUAAGUUAAUCCAGGGCCCCUAGCUUGUGUUAUCAAUGUUCUAAUGCAUAUUUAUAAGAGAAAAGGUUAAAGGUAUUUAUUCCCAUAA